CUCUGUUCUCAAACAAGCAAUAACAGAACCCACAAUGGCCAUAAUACUAUUGAUGUUUCUUGCCGUGGCUCUAGCUCCAUGGUCGCAUGGACUGAGCCAAACUCUCAAUGACCCUUCUUCUUUAGUCUUCACGUCAACCAAAUUCGAUUACCAUGGAGGCCCGCUCUUAUCCGGGCCUAGGGGCAUCAACAUCUAUCUCAUCUGGUAUGGAGCCUUCUAUAAGAAAGAUAGAAUCCCCAUCACUGAUUUCUUUGCUUCCUUCUCUCCUAUGGCACCCAUUCCCCAUCGACAAAACCCGACCGUUGCGACUUGGUGGAAUACAAUCAAACUAUACAAGGACAAGGCUGGCAAACCGGUUUCUAGCACUGUCAAGCUUGUUAAACAGCUUGGUGACAUAGGGUAUUCCCUGGGGAAGAACAUUAAACGUGCCCAAAUAGCAAGCUAUAUUAAGAACAAGAUAGAAAAGAAAACAUUACCAUUAGACCCUAAUGGCAUAUACUUGGUUCUGACCUCUGAAGAUGUGCUUGUAGAGCGGUUUUGUAUGGGAUCCUGUGGUUUUCACGGCAGCCUCAGGGUAUCAUCAGGCAGAAGAGUAGUGUAUGCACAGGUAGGAGACCCCUUAAGGCAGUGCCCGGGUCUCUGUGCAUGGCCUUAUGCCAUCCCAGCUUAUGGUCCACCAGGACAGGUUCUAGUGGCACCCAAUGGUGUUGGAACUGAUGGUAUGGUCAUGAACAUUGCAACAAUACUUGCAGGAGCUGCCACCAAUCCUUUCAAGAAUGGUUAUUUUCAGGGUGAUGCCUUGGCACCAUUGGAGGCUGUUACAGCAUGUCCGGGAAUUUUUGGUGCAGGAGCUUAUCCUGGUUAUCCCGGGAAUUUGAUGGUGGAUAAAAUGACUAAGGCAAGUUAUAAUGCUUAUGGAGCCGGCGGCAGGAAGUUCCUUCUUCCGGCCAUAUGGGACCCACUGCGCUUGAUUUGCAAGGUGGUUGCUUGAUUUCAGAUAUAGUAGAGCGGGUCAUAUAUAAAUCCUAAUAUCAUUUAUGUUACUUAAACCAAAUUUACUGAAUAAAUAAACCGACUAAAUCAAUUAUCCUUGGAUUCAGAUACUUUCAGUGGAUCUGGUCCAACAUUAGGAGUAACUAUCAAUCCACAACUGAGG